CUGGCGGUCCAGGCUGCUGGGAAAGGAAGAAGUCGUACUCCUUUAAACCCUGACACUCUACAUCUUUGUUUUAUGAUGGAAGAAGCAUCCUUGGGGAUUCAGAUGGAUGAGCCAAAGGCUUGUUCUCUCCAGUGUGACCGGCCCCAGGGUGAUAGCUCGUUAAAAAAAAAUGAGCAGAAUUGUAAACUUCCAGGUGUUAAAAAAGAUAUUGAGAAGCUUUAUGAAGCUGUACCACAGCUUGGUAAUUUGUUCAAGAUUAAGGACAAAAUUGGAGAAGGCACUUUCAGCUCUGUUUAUUUGGCUACAGCACAGUUACAGAUAGGAUCUGAAGAGAAAAUUGCUCUCAAACACUUAAUCCCAACAAGUCAUCCUGUAAGAAUUGCUGCUGAACUUCAGUGCCUUACAGUAGCUGGGGGGCAAGACAAUGUCAUGGGAAUAAAAUACUGCUUUAGGAAAAAUGAUCAUGUGGUUAUUGCUAUGCCAUAUCUGGAACAUGAGUCCUUUUUGGACAUUUUGAAGUCUCUUUCUUUUCAAGAAGUACGGGAAUAUAUGUUUAAUCUCUUCAAAGCUUUGAAACGCAUUCAUCAGUUUGGUAUUGUUCACCGUGAUGUUAAGCCCAGCAAUUUUUUAUAUAAUAGGCGUCUGAAGAAGUAUGCCUUGGUUGACUUUGGUUUGGCCCAAGGAACACAUGACACGAAAAUAGAGCUGCUCAGAUUUGUUCAGUCUGAAACUCAGCAAGAAAGUUCUUCACAAAAUAAGUCCUGUGUAAUCACAGGCAACACGAUUUCAUUGAGCGGCUUAGCACCUAAAGACCUGGAUCAGCAGCCUACCACAAAAACAUCUGUUAAAAGGCCGUAUACAAAUACACAAAUUCAGAUCAAACAAGGAAAAGAUGGAAAGGAGGGGUCUACAGGCCAUUCUGUCCAGCGCUCUGUUUUUGGAGAAAGAAAUUUCAAUAUACACAGCUCCAUUUCACCUGAGAGCCCUGCAGUGAAAAUUAUGAAGCAAUCCAAAACUGUGGAUAUACUAUCGAAAAAGUUACCAACAAAAAAAAAGAUCAUUUCAGCAAAAGUUGUGAGCAGUGAUGUGGUGAAGAAAACUGCCACUUCUUGCUCUCCUAAUCUGACCUGUGACUGUUAUGCAACAGAUAAAGUUUGCAGUAUAUGCCUUUCAAGGCGACAGCAAGUUGCCCCGAGGGCAGGUACACCAGGAUUCAGAGCACCAGAGGUCUUGACAAAGUGCCCCAAUCAAACAACAGCAAUUGACAUGUGGUCUGCAGGUGUCAUAUUCCUUUCUUUACUUAGUGGGCGAUACCCAUUCUAUAAAGCAAGUGAUGAUUUAACUGCUUUGGCUCAAAUUAUGACAGUUCGUGGAUCCAGGGAAACUAUCCAAGCAGCUGAGACUUUUGGUAAAUUAAUAUUAUGUAGCAAAGAAGUCCCAGCACAAGACUUAAGAAACCUUUGUGAGAGACUCCGGGGCAUAGAUUCUAAAAGUCCCAAGUUAACGAGUGAUACACAAGGGCUUACUUCUCCUGAUCCUGCCUUUUCAGAGAAGACCGACCAUAAAGCAGCUAACCUCAUACAAACACUUCAAUCACAGCACUCUAAAAAUCCACUGCUUAAAGGGGACAGUAAUGGCUGUGAGCGUCAUCUGGAGAAGGAAACUGAUUUAGAAGGUUGGGAUCAGGUACCUGAUGAAGCAUACGACCUGCUUGAUAAACUUCUAGAUCUAAAUCCAGCUUCAAGAAUAACAGCUGAAGGAGCUUUGUUGCAUCCAUUUUUUAAAGAUAUGAGCUUGUGA